GCCACUCCGUCGAGCACCCCGUCCUGCAGACAGCCGAUAGACAAGCCGGCGUGCACACCCUUCUCCUCGAUGAGGAGGGGCGUGUCGUCGAUGAGGGCGGCCGCUCCUAGCCAGAAGGACGUGGACGAGGCCGCCGAGCUGUGCUGCGACAAGUGCGACGGGCCCCACGAGACCGCCCUGUGCCCGCACUUCAAGAAGGCGCGGGACAAGCACCAGGACGCGUGGGUCAACAAAGGCUCCUCCUGCAGGGGCGGGGCCUCGUCGAGCGGCCACGUCGAGGUGCCGAUCGUGCGCGCCUCUGAGGCGAAGGUGUACGCGCAACCGGGUGACGGCUCGUGCCUGUUCCACUCGCUGAGCUUCGGCCUGCCCGACAGGCCGUCUGCGGCGACGCUGCGCCGCGACAUCUGCAGCUUCAUGGUGCGGAACCCGACGGUGACCAUCGCGGACACCGCCAUCCAGGAUUGGAUCAGAUACGACAGCGACGAGACAGUCGAGGCGUAUGCUGAUCGCAUGCGUGGUGGUGUCUGGGGUGGCGGCAUCGAGAUGGCAGUGCUGCACCGGAUGUACAACGUGAACGUCCACGUUUACGAGCGCUGCCGUGAGGGGUUCAAGAGGAUAUCGGCGUUCGACAGCAAGGCUGCGCGACACACCGUCGGUGUCCUCUACCAGGGCAGGAACCACUACGACGCCAUUGUCAUCUCCCCUCGGGCCCGAUGA